AGACUUGGCGUGACUUCCGGUGGAUUUUUGUUUACCCGCUGCUGUGGACGCCGUUUCUUGACAUGACUGAUGAAUAACUAGAUAUGCCGAUGCAUUCAAGUUGACUUUCUUUACUUGUUGUUGACACAGGAACGAAGUCUUCAGUGUACAACUACCGUCCUUUCCGGGAAUCUCCAAAAGCAGGGUAUCUUUCUGUCUCCCCCUGGUACCACUAUGUCGGCAUUCAACACAUCCACUCGACGAGAAGACGUCUCCCUGCGUCUGCGCGCUCAGUCUAAUUACCUUGAACAGAGCAGUGGUUGUCAGAAGCUGGAGUUGGAGAACAGGAAGAUGGAGGAGAGGCUAAAGGAGCUGAAGGUGGCCAUGAGUCGCGAGAAGGAAGAGAGAGAGCGGAAUGGGGGAGGGUUUUGGCGUACUGGUCAGUCUGGCAGUCUUUCCACCUAUGCCACGGACAUCCUGGACAAGCCGGUGCGCUCCAGCAAGGAGCAUAAGAAGAGAGGAGUUAGAGUUUUAAGGGAUGAACCUUUAGAUGUGCCAAGUCGCAGCAGUCACCCUGGAACUAUGAAGUACAUUGCUCAAACAUCUCAAAACCCCAGAACAGGGAAGGAAAACAGACCAAAGGGACCCAAGUGUGGCCAGUGUGAGGACCGUGUAGCCUGUCUGACCUGCGUUCAGUGUUCAGAACAUUAUUGUUCCGGCUGCUUUGCUGCAUUUCACCUUCGUGGAGCUCUGAAGAAACAUCGGAGUGUGCCCCUCCAGGCAUCUGGUCCCAGGCAGUGUAUGUCCCCACGGCCCCUGCCCACCCCCCGCCAUCACACAGUCAUCAGAGUAGAGAUGAAGCCGUCCCCAGCAGUAGGCGCUGUAUCCAGCAACAUCAGCUACCAGGAUUCAGAGCGAAAUGGCCCUGAGGGUGCAAGUGGUUCAUACGAGUCGGCAAGAGACUUGUUGGCAGGUCAGUACAAUGAAGCCGAGAGUGCUGCAUCCUUCCAAGCAGCUCUACUGGCAUGGAGGCAGGGUGAUGACUUCCCCUCACCAACUGUCUCACCGCACAGGGCCAUUUCUCCUCGGAAAGCAACAGUUGCUGCUAGUGUGCAUACAGCUACAACAAUGACCAGUGAACCAGACUCGCCCCAGAUAACAUUCACCAACACCAUCAGCUACGCUGACCGUCUGCUCCUGAAGAAACACCGCCGCACUGACCCUGGGGAUAUAGGGACCCCUAGACUGGAGGAUGACUACCCCUCCCCACGCAGUAGUUACAAUGCAGGUACAAGGGAGAGCCCACUAGAUGAUGACAACCGAGUUAGCUUCACUGCCUUAUACCAAGCCUCAGUGGCCAACACCAGCAGUGACAAGUCUCCGGUACCUCGAUCUGGCUCCAGUCUGUCAAUAGUGGAGCUACAGGAAACACCGCCCCGGAUGCGAAACCUGGAGCACACUGACCGGUACCAGGUGCAGGAGGUCAGCAGCUUUGAGGCCUGGCAGGUGCAGAGUCACAGCACAUCCCCAAAGAGCAGCAAAACAGCAAGGAACAGAUCAAAGACUCCAGCAUCCAAAUCUCGCAGUAUAAAGUCUGAUCAGGGAGGUGACAGCGGUGUGUCGGAGACUACGGUAGUCGACCUUUAUAGUGACAUGCCAAGUCUACAUGCCGAGCCACACUCCAGGGGAAAGUCUGGGAGAAAGCAGGAGAAGGUCCAGUGUCACUCUGGUGUAGCUGAAGUUGAACAGGAGACCAGUGGUCUAAACAGACCCAAAUCAAGGCCAGUGUCCAGGAAAUCUCGCCAGUCUGUUAGACCCAAGUCUGGGCGUCAGUCUGGGACAUAUUCAAGAGCAUACAGCAGAGCAGGUUCAACACUUGGAGAAGGGAUGUUAACGAAGACUCCCAGUUCAGCCCUGCAUGACAUUGCGUCUCGGCUGAAGGAGACAGAGACCCACAUGUUCGCCCCCACGUUGGAGGACUUCUUCAUGGUUGGGGUGAAGCCUGCUCCUCAGGAGAGAACACUUACUCCUACAGCAGAUAAAGCCAAGAAAGAUGUCAUGAAAGUUAGCAACAGAUUGUACCAGAUGGCACCAAGGUCAUGGCGACCAGACAGCAGUCUUGGUGACGUCAUCCCGUUGGACCAAGUUGCAGUUGAGGAUGAGACUGUCAUCUCCUACUCUUACAGUGGCCAGGCACAAGGCCAGCCAAUCACAACCUCAUACAGCAGUAUAGCAGGGGAAGAUAACCCAAGCAGGGCCACCACACCUAUAAGGAGUGUAUCUAGUCCAAGACGUAGUCAGUCAAGGAAAGCAUCUGACCAGUGGUCAAGUCGACCUGCAGAAUCCAGAUCUGAAAGGCAGACACAUUCACAAUCUCGGUCACAAGGACAGAGUGUGUCUGGAACUAAAUCAAAGUCAGAAUCAAGGCAUGGGGAAAGGAGUGUUGUGACAAGCAGGGCCUCCUCCAUCUGGCUCCAAGACUCCACUAACCACUCCCAACUAGAAGAUAGCGUUUCCCGUCCUCCAUCACAACAAGAAACAUCUGGUCGGAUAUCUCAAGCUAUUGUGAUGGAUGGGGAGGAUCUGGCACAGUAUGAUGAUGUAAAUGUUUCCCACUACAAUGAUGAAGAUGAGGAAACACUCAACCAGUUAGAGUGGGAGUUAGCAUCGGAGUCCGGCAGAAUCACAGCAGACGGCCAGCUGUCCAGGCUCAGUAUGAUUGACAGACAGUCAGACAGCAGUGGUUCGCGUAGUUCCACACCCGUCGUGAAACUCAGCAUGGAUAAGGGCUUUGACAUCAACCUCAAACUCAGGGACGAGGAACUCUGUGAGGAGAUGGAUGAGAAUGCCAACCAGGUGAAGGAUGAGCAGGAUGUCCAGGCUCUCCACUAGCAUCUGCCACACUGACAAGUGGGCAGCCUUCUAGGUGCCUAGCCUGCACACAGAACCAACAGACGUGUUGCCACAGAUGAACACAGUGCACUACACAAACAUCUCCUCCAAAUGCCCACUUCAAAUGUGAAUGCCCAUACUUCUCACACUCAGGCUUUGAGUCAUUUGGAGUUAUGUAUCAGUUCAUCUUGACAGAUGUACUCCAGCUGAUACUAGUGAAGAUUGAGAAAUGAGGACCAAAUAUACUAAGUGUUUCUGUACAUUACGAUGUGGACAAUUAACCUGAUAUAACUAAAUCUUCCCAUUCCCUCUAUAAGGCGAGGAACAUAGUGAUAUUUGCUCAGGAAGUGGCGAGUCACCUUCAUGUAUAUCAGCAAGAUGUUACAUGUGACCUGUGUAUGGGAAUCUGGCAGCAUCUGCAGCAAGUGUAACAUAACUACUUUGUAUUCAGUGGAUAGCUGAACAAACUGAGGCUUUCCAAUUCUACAGAUUUAACAUCAGUAUAUGCUACUUUCCUAAGCAGUCAUUCCAUUUGUGUUGACAUAUUUGCUAACACUUCUCAUGCCAUAUUCAAAUUUCAUUCCUUGAUAACCAUUUCCACAUAGAGAACAUUUCCGAAAAUUGAUCUUUGUCAUUUUUUGCACAAAUCAGAAAUAUAUGAGAACGGUUUGUCCAGAAAUCUAUGCAUGUUUUCUUUCCAUUGUGCCACUGUUAUUUAUAAUAACAAAGCACUUGAUUUGUUUCAGAAAGAAAUAGGAUUAUAAUACUCUCAAAGUACUGAGCAUUUCUUACAUGUCUGGUGUAACCCUGUGAUAUCAUUAGUGAAGUUAUUAAAGCUAAGGAAAAACAGUCACUUCAUCAUUAUUUUGCCUGGUGAACAUGAAUUUUCUAAAUAUGAUUUCAUUAAUUUAUGUUCCUAUUUAUUUAAGAACAGGAAUAAAUUAUUAUGGUGUCCAAAUAUUAAAGGACCAAGAGAUCGGGGAUGUGGUUAUCUGUUGGUGUGGCCAUCUUCCUGCAGUAGGGAACUGCCUGCUCAUUAUGUGAGCUACAUUGGUAAUGUCUGAGCAAGAUUGGAUCGAAUAUACCUUUGUGUCUUAUGAUUGUACUUAGUGAGAGUCUGUGAUAUUGCUGCCAUGAUGCGUGUUUAGCUAGUGCCAAGCACAUUUGUGACAUACCUGUAGCUCAUCAUAUUCCGUUAUUUUAUUAACUGAUGUUAUUGUUUGUUUCAACUUUCUCUAGUCUGCAUAUUCCUUCAUACGUGGGACACAAGAUAUAUCUAUGUGAUCAUCAGUCUAUAUGUAUACCUCUGGGAAUGAAUUCUUACACAAGGCACUGACAGCAGCCAUUGGUGAACAAGUUGUCGUCAGUGAUUAUACAUCAUGUAGAGAGUUCCCUUGUAACACAUAGACCCUGAUAGGUGGCCUCCAUACAACAUACAGCCAUACUUUACUUUUAUCAUUAAGAUUUCCGAACCUUUCAUUAAAAUGGCCUAAUGUGUAUCAUGCUUUAGCAGUUUGACAAAACUGUAGCCCACUGCCAUUUGUUAAAUUAUUGUUCCUUUGGUAUGUAGAAUUUUAAUAUGAAAUAGUUUGAAACCCAUACAGCAUGAACAUAAUAAUAAAAUUCACCUUCAUAUGCCACCAGGACAGAUGACUAGCAUGAGGUGCUUCUUGCAUGAAGAAGAGUCUUAAGUUUGACAAAUUAUUGAUGGCAUUCUCAUUAGAGUUCUCACACAGGCUGCUUGUGAUAUGCUUUGUAACUAGGUGUUUUUUGUGAAUCUGUUUUAUGGAUAUUUUUUUUAUGUCCAUUUCAAAUUACCAAACUUUAGUUUGCUGCAGAAUAGUAUAAAGUGAUAAACAUAGACUGGACCUAUAGCUAUGUAUUUGCUUUGCCAUAAGUCAAAUGUAACUCAUGGAAAGAAGUCUUCGUUCACAAACUACCUUCACAUGAGGUGUUUUUUUAAGAGUCCUCAUCUUUAGUCUUGUUUUGUUAUCUAUAUACUUCAUGCAUACUUCCCAUGAUAUUGCUAUAGCAACUCACCAAAAUGCUUCAUCCAACAUUUUCAUAUUGCAGUCUCUUUAAACUCCGAUAUUUGUCAAUGGAGAGGUAGGAUACCUCUGUGCAUGAAGACCUGAGGAUGCCUCUACAGAUCACAUCGGGUGGUUCAUUUUCAAGUCAGCUAAUUUUAGUUCAUGCUUGUAAACUCUCGGUACAGAUAAACCAAGCAGUCAGACAAGCAUGAUAAAUAAAAAAGCUGCACUAAUGUGGCUAUUCUAGGGAUGGUACAGUAGUCUCGUGGAAAUAUCACCCCGAAGGCCUGGGUACUCAACAUAGGUACAUGUCAAAGACCACGCUCCUUAACUAAAAGGAGAAACAUACUCACGGGAUACUGACGCAUUCUGCUUUGGAGUGCCAGAACGGACAUACUGUCAAGAGUAUAUGUAUUUGUGUUAUUUGGGUUUUUCUUUCGUUAAUAUUGUAAUUUCUGAAUCAAGGUGGUGAAGAAAUGAAGUUUAUCAUUUUUGAAAGCUGGUGUCUGACUGGCUCAAGAACUCAUGUUCUUCAUUUAGAGAUUUAUAUCAGUAGAAUCUCUGUUCGUAAAUCAACCAGUUUUUAUGUUGUAAUGUGUUGUAUUAUCGUGUGUUUGGCUAUUGUAGCUAUUUAAGAAAAUAAAGAUGUCAAUACUG